AGUUUCCAAGGUGGCAGAGUGUCGCUGCGCUUCUUAUGAUGUGACCUGCUAACUUUCCCCUGGAUCUUCAGGAUCUUUCGCCAUGCUCGUGCCGAUUUUCACACUGAAGUUAGGUCACAAAAUCCACGCUCGAACUCCGGCACUGGGGCGAUACGAUGGUAGGCAUCCUUGUUUGACAGGCGGUACGACGGCUGGAAAGGUUGGUUCAGAUAAUUAUAAAUUUCUUUAUCAAUAGAUGUAACCCUCGAGGACCGCUUUUGAACUAACUUGCGAUCAGGCGUCUUACUUUGCGGAGGUAACACACGAAAAAUCCGCGGAAAAAAGGAAAUGAAAAAGGGAGAAACCGCCAGAUCGCACUUUACUCUUGGCCGUAGUCUUUCAGUGAGUCUUUACAUCAAAUAGAGCAAUUUUAAUUGUUAUACUCCAAGAAAACAGGGAGAGCUAGUUGUAAAUUUUCUCCCUAUAAGGUAAGAGUUGUAAGAAAGUCUUAAUCAACUUAAUUGGAAAUUGUGUACAUUUUGGAAUUGAUCUGUCUAAUCAUGGAUCAAUCUCUCCACUGAAAAUCACAAUGUUUAUUUUGUCAAUAAUUUCAGGCCUAUGUGGCUUGUUCAGUCAUUAUGAGCAUGCAAGGAGAACAUCCAAAGGGAAGAGGAGGCACUUGUAGCAAAAGCCCUAGGUUCCCGUUUUGUAAAUGUUCUGACAGCAUGUAAAAUUCCCAUGUCUUUGUUUCAAAUUAUUAUUGAAGUCCAAGAAUAAUGGUCCAGUUUCGUUGUGUAAGUCUAUAGCCUGCCACAAAGCUCUUCAUUUAUGGCACUUAAUCUAUGCCCAGACUAGGCGAAAUGCCAUUGGUUGGAAAAUGAUGCACCGCCAAUUAAUUUUGAUUGGUGACAUUCCUGCCCGACCUGCCAUGAUUUUGUUGUGGAGAAACUUUAAACACAACAGACUGGGUGAGAUUUAGUUUGGUAAUGUGUUCAUGGCAACCCCUUCUCAGGCUUCUGAUCUGCCAGUUCAUACAUUUUGUGAGGUUGAGAUCCAAACUGAAUGGUUAAAAAUACAGCCACAUAAUCUUCAAAACUUGUUCACCAAUCACUAAAGGAGAGAGUGAUCAUGUUUCUCACUGGAGAAAGGAGUAAUCAUAAUUUUCCUGAUUUCCUGAUUGGUGAACAAAUUCAAAAAUCCAAAUGGAUAUGUGGAAGAUCGAUCUCCUCAAGAAAAAAGAAAGCCACUGCAGCCAGUGAUGAAUAUGUUGCAAUAAUAAAUUUUUUAUCUUAGGUAAUUUAUCUUUUUCUUUUGUUUUUGGGUAUGGUAAUGUCUGCUAAUGAAGCUGAAACAAAGGAAAAAUAAAAAUUACCUGAGAUGAAAAAUAAACUACAACAAAUACAACAUUUUUGGAAAGAAACGAAUGCGAUUUUUGAUGACGCUGAAGUUUAAACAGAAUGCAGUGGCUUUAAAGCGACACGUCUCCGCUGAAUUCAAGGAAUAUUAUAGAUCCGAAUCACCUACGAUCUAGCUACGAUCUGGCUACGAUCCACACUAGAAGGUUCAAACCAAUUUUAUUGUCUUAUUUUAGUUGUCUUGCCUUUGUGCAAAAUUGUAAUAUCUUACUCCUGGAACAGACAAUGCUAGUGCAACUCAGGCACAUUUGGCUUGGCCUGAUAUGGGUAACUGACAAACAAGUGACAACUUUCAUGUUUCUGGUGACAGUUUUAACGCUUUGUGGUUUCCUGUGGUUUCUGGGGUGGAAAUGAAAAUUUAUGGGAGAUCGAACAUAUUGCAAGCUCUCUCUUUCUUUCUCGCCCCUCUCACUCGCAUCCCCUUUGGCAUGCUACUCUCAUGUGACUUCUAGCAACUCCCCCAAAUGGAGAGCUUGCUUGCAGGCUAGUAAGACUACCGUAUAUUUAGGCAAUGAAAUGAUUGUUUAUUGAUAUGCAUGAUAAGGAUGGACGUGGUUUGAAACUUGAAAAAAGUGGGCCAGCUUGUUUCAAGUUUUUAUGCCUCAUGUAUGCCUGUAAAGUUCACCACAAAAAUAGUUUAUGAUGGUAACAGGUGCUGCCCUAAGAAAUUUGUUUGAUAUUUUCAUAACUCUAUAGGAGCACUAAUUAUUAGUAUUUAACAAAUCAGUGAAUAGCAGUUUUUGCGCAUUUUGAUCGGCUCCCAUAACUCGGAAUAUCCUUCCUUGGCUAUUCACUGUUGUGUGGCCUGAGCCAAGAUGGCUCGGAAAUUUUCAGAGGAAGAAAUUUGAGCGAUAAAUGAAGCAGUUGUAUCAUCAAAUACCAACAAAGCAAUGAACUUUGGCUUGUCAGUGUUUACUGGUAGGUAGAAAAUUAUUUUCAUGCUCAAUUUGCAACAAAAUCAUAAAUGCACAAGCAUUGACAAAAGGCCCAAAAAAACUGUGUAAAUUGUAAACAAACUUCCUACUAAGUGACGUUUUGAAUUUAUAAAAUGUUACUUUUUUUUCGUUUUUAUCCAACUGAUUUGGUAAAUACUAAAACAACUAUCCCCCUCAGGGUCCGUGAACAGAGCCAGAUCAGUGUUCUCCGUAGGAUUUUGGCUAUGAUUAUCAACCGUGUUUAGAUGAAGCCUACUGUACACCAAAUAAAAUUUUUUACACUUGGGAACUUACUUUAAAUUGGAAAAAAAAGCACACAAGUUGCUUUGACAAGCUUUUCGUUUUUGUUACACAUAUCUUGGGUUGACUGCGAGCACGAGUGAGCGCAAGAAUUCCUAAAUAUAGUACACCAUGCACAUUGUAUUUUUCAAGAUGGCUGCCGUUCAAGGAAACGAAGGCAUCAUCGAUUUGAACAUAUUCGUAUUUUAUGAUCAAUAGCUUAAAUACACCGGACAAUGUUACAUCAACUUUAUUGAGUGAUUUUGCCUUUGAAAUACCUAGCUCUAGAUGUCAACAUAAGCUUCCAUUCGGUUUAAUCUUUGGUACUAAAGCCAGGCGGCAACUAUUUUCCAGUGAAUUUAGCCAGACGGUCCGUCUAGCCUUAAAUACCUAGGGAGAAAAGGGUAGAUAUAUACCUCGAUGCUUCGCAUCUCAGUAUUAUUCAUCUCCCCUUCUGGGGAUAGUUGUAUAUUAUUUUUGGGCAUGGGUAUUUUAAGUACAGAAUUGACCUAAAACACUUCAGAAUCACUUCAGAAAGCUGCAUUUAAUACUAAUUUAGAGCAAAUGGAACUGAAUCAAAGUCACCAGUUUAUACUAGCUUCUUACAUUGCAUUCAAUCUUCACUUCUGUUGGUUGAUUCUAUUAAACUGAUAAUAAUAAUAUUAUUGUUAGCCAGAGUCAGUCAAGUUACCCUGUUUUGCUGUCUUUUUUACAGGUUUUCAUCCACAACCCUCAUACUUCAGCACUGCAAGGUGGUAGAGCGAUAGCGAGUCACAACACUGACAUCAGCAUUUUAAACAUUAAUCAACAAGUGUCUGCUGUUGCUGCUGGUCCAUUGAAUAGUUCAGGAUGUGACACACUGCUUGUUGGGACACCCACUAACUUGCUUGCUUAUGAUGUAGAGAACAACUCUGAUCUUUUCUACAAGGAUGUGAGUUUCUUGUUAGUUUAGUUUGACUGCUCUUUGGGUCUGUAAGGAAAAUUUUCUUUUGGUAGUUACUGGAUGUACAUGUAUAUUACUAAGUGGUAAGCCUUAGUGGUGAAAGAGAGCUUUUAAAGGAUAUAGCUCUCAAAAAAAUUAAUGAGCUACUUUGAACAUGUACUGAAAACAAAAAAAUAUGGUCAAACCUUGCUUUAGGGACACCCGCUUAAUACAGAUACCUCAUUAUUCUGGACAGUUUGCUUUGUCCCUGGGGAAAUAAAGCCCUCUAACAUUUUCAUCUCUAAAUUCAACCUGCCAAAUAAUUAUGUACAGUAGCCUCCCACGUACAUGUCCUUUUGGCUUGUCACGUAAUCCUCCUCAACGAACGUCUGCUGAAACGGGCGGUCAAAAACAUAGGCCAAUCAUAGCACACUUCCAGAUCUGGGAAGUGCUCAUUGAACCUUGAGAAAUUUUGUACGAGACUCGCAGUGCGAGACUUCAGAAAAGAUCAGGAGGUCUCAUGAAAGGUUAAAGCCCUAACCUUUUAAAAUGAACUACUCAGUUAACUCACUUGCUUUCAUACGAGACAGGGCUUCUGAUAUUUCGCGUGGUCGCGGACCCGCGAAAUUCCCCCCAAAACCCGAAAUACCGCAAAAUCUGCCAGAAAUAUUUCCAAAUACUUUUCGGCAAAACAUAUUUAAUACUUAUCUUGGCCAUUAGACCUGUUUUAUUCACCCCAAACGUCCAAAUUUACCUUGAACUUCGUCACUGCAACGAGUAAACAACGUCCCAAAACUACCAGGCGUUCUUAGAUUAAUGUUGCGAAAGACUGGCCACUAACCAUAAUGUUAAUAGCUUUAGCAUUCGCUCAUUUCUCGAGCAAACUGUUGUUGAAAGAGCAAAUGAUUAUCCCUGGUAAAAAAAACAACGUUAAACAACGCUGGUCAUAUCGACGUAAAAUUUAUCGAUUUUAGCGAAAUUUGCCAAAAAAAAUCCAGCGAAAUCGGCUGUUUUUUACUGAUUGUCUCUUGGCGAAGCUUCCCCCCGAAAUUUCCUGUGAAAUCGGCCGAUUUUUCUAAGAAUUUGCCCCUGAAAAUCCUUCGAAAUUUGACUUUUUUCCGCUAAAAUCCCGCGAAAUCGAACGAUUUUGCGGCGAAUUUUGACUUUUCUCCUACGAAAAUCCCGCGAAAUCGGCCGAUUUUCCCGCAAAUUUAGACUUUUUUCCCGCGAAAUCGGCUGAUUUUUCCAUGAAUUUGCCCCUGUAAAUCCCGCGAAAUUUUGCUUUUUUUUCCGCGAAAUAUCAGAAGCCCUGACUAGAGGGUAUAAUACCCUUACAAUCUCAUUGAAAAAUUACCUUGGAGGUUUAUUUGCUGAACAGAAGUCAGCUUUACGACAAAACAAUAAAGUGCCAAAAAAAAGAUUUUGCCUUUUGUUCAGUUACAACGUAAUAUCCUGCCAUUGUCUCACCACCAAGAGAACACCUUUAUGAGCAAAUGACUCCUAAUCCAGCAUUUACAGACAGAAAUAUACAAAAAGCCAACACUUUACAUUAAAUUCCUACAUUCUUGUCUGGAGCAAAACUCUGAUUACAUUCUAUCAAGCUUGGAUGUCGUUUUUGGCCUGUCAACACUUUAACUUCAUCAGUGCUUAUUGGUUCUCCAAUAAUCUGCGUGUGAGCUCCAGCUGAUAUUUGUGAACAAGGUGAGGGAGGGAAUUUACUACUCAUUUCAGCAGACAUUCGUGGGGCAGGAACCCUUGACAAACCCCUAAGAACCUCAGUGUGGGAGGCUAUGCAGACGGAUACUUUGUUUGGCCCCCUCAGUGUCCAUAUUAUUGGGGUUUGACUGUGAGGCUGUUAAAAAGAUUAAUGAGUUGAGAACCAAAAAGAUGUCUAAGGUUAUAACAUGGGUAAGUAAUUUUGAAAGGCUGCUUUAAGCCAAAAGUUAGCUCCUGCGAAUUUUUCCAAAAAAACACUUUUAAGUAUCAUCCUGACAAGAUAAAGUAUCUCUUUCUUCACUAAUAUUUGUUGUUUACUCUCCGUUUUAUUAACAACUCCUACUUGUACAGGCCACUUGCAAAUCUUGUUUAGUUUUGUGCUUUGAUCCCUUGUAAGAUUGCAGAUGGAGCGAAUGCUAUAGUAACAGGCAAGCUUGGUUUAUUUGAGAAUCCUUUAGCGAUAGUUGGAGGAAACUGUUCAAUUCAAGGAUUUGACUUUGAAGGAAAUGAUGAAUUUUGGACUGUAAGUGAUGUCUUACACUUCUUUAGGAGAAAUAAUAUCAAUGCAUGUGCUGGCUUCCAACUAAACCAAUGAGUAAAUCAAAAUACUAUAGUUACAAAUAAUUAUAUACAGUACAAAGAAUUAUGAGCCCAUUCUAAACUCACCAGCAAGUUUGUGAAUUAUAUAUUCUGAAAUCUUAGCCAUCUCCACCCGCUAAGUUAUUGAGGGCAUGGUUUAGGGGGUGGAGAUGGCUGACAUUUCACGACUAUAAAUUGUAGUGAAUCCAAGGUUGUGCUCUAACAAAAAUUGAAGGGGGCCCAGUCUAGUGCUGUGAACCUGUAAAACCCAGGGUACCCAGAAAAGAGCUCAACUGCCAUAGAACCAACUUGGUACACUAACAUUAGGGAUUGAAAUAACGGCCGGUCAAUGGACAAUGUCCGGUCAAAAAUAGGAUUUGUGCGGUCAAAAUGAAAGCCGAACAUUUUGUCCACUGUUUCACGCUUCUAAUGUAAUGCGGACGUUCACUUUUUUAAAUAUGAUUGGUCAAGAUUGGACAUUACUGGUGUUCGUGAUGGAAAAAAAUGGGGGGGGGGGAGAGAGAAAAAGAUGACCAGAUCAAGAACUUAAAUAACAUAAACCAUUCAUAACACAAGGCCUCUGACAGGUCACAGAAAAAAGGUCAAAUUUCGUGGGAUUUUCAGAGACAAAUUUGCGGGAAAAACAGCCAAUUUUGCAUAAAGAUUCAGAACCAAUUUCACCGAAAAACGAUCAUUAAAAAAACCAAUUUUCUGGGCAAAUUUCGCUAUUUGUCCAAUAACAACAACAACAGAAACAUUGACUACUUAUAAAUGUUGCCUUUUUAAAACUGGCGAUUUUGUCCUCAAAACCCCCACGCGUUUUGCGAUGUCGUUUGGACUUGGUAUGGUCUUGCGCAAGGUUUUUUUUUUAUCAGAUAUCCUCAUUAAUUUUGCUCUUUUAACAACAAUGAACUCAGAAAAGCGCCAAUGUCGAAGCUUUUUAUAUCAUGCACUGGCCAGUGCCCAGUUUUUGGCAGUUGUAAUCCAAGAAGACCUGGUAGUUUUAGAACGUUUUCUCAUUGCAGUGACGAAGUUUCAAGAUAAAUUUGCAGGUCUAUGGCAAAAACAGCUCCAUUAGCCGAGAUAAGUCUCAAAUAUGCAGGGUUGUCAGAAAGUUUUGAAGUAGAUGGCUGAGUUGGCAAAGUAAGCGGCCAGUUCAGGGAUAUUUUAUUUAAACAAUGCCGUCCGUAGAAAUGCCAAGCAGAGUAGCCGGCCGAUACCAACUAAGUAGGUAGCAAUUUUUCGUCGGCAGCCAGCCACUUUUGACAACCCUGAAUAUGUUGAACUGACAUGUAUUUGUUAAGAUUUCUACCGAAUUUUGAGUGAUUUCGUGGAUUUACCUGAAUUUCGCGGCUCUGCGACCGUGCAAACUUUCAGAAGCUCUGCACGGCGGGGCGGUAACGGUGGUUUGUUUGUUUUCUGGGAGUUGCGAGUUAAAAACUUAUUGCUUUGUCCUCUAUAAAGUUGUCACCACAAAUUCAGGAGUAGCAUGUGUAGUGUUGUAAAAUAUUUUUAUAAUAGUCUGCAUGUAUUUUACUGUAAAGUGCAAUCCGAUAAUUCUAGAUGAAAGACAUUAUUAAUUGUCCGUCCAUAAAUGGGUUGUGUCUGAGAAAAAAUAGGUUUGACGGGACAACUUGACCGGUGCCAGCCCUGAACAUGGUCAUGGCCACCGUUUAUGACUGUUAAAAUGAAACAGCAAUAUGAUUGCCAUGACAUCAUGUAAAAAAAUUGUUUGCAUUUAUUUGCAAGUACUCAAAAAUUCUGUUGUGCUUAGUAAAAUCAUGAUAAAUUGAACUUUUCCUACUUUUCAAGGUCACAGGUGACAAUGUGUGUUCCUUGGCAAUGUGUGAUGUUAGUGGUGAUGGAAAUCUUGAGGUAAAAUAUGUUAAUAUUGCUGUUCCCAGCCGCUCUUAGUCAGCUUAUUAUUUUAUUUAACACUACAAUAUAUUCAGCCUUGAAAGGGCUGUAUGGCAGUUAUGUGUCCAUUUUUGUUAUGAAACAAUAAAAAAUUACUUGUGAAUGACAAAUUAACUUUGUGUCAAACAAAAUAUGUCGAUCCCAACAUUAUAUCAAAUGUUACAAACAACAAAAUUGAACUUUGUUGGGCUAAAAAGUUUUCAAAAACCACACUUGCAAUUUGUUUCAAUCUUCUUAAGUAUUUCCAUCUGUGUUUCCUUUUGUAUUAUGUACUAACAGAAACUCAUUAGGGAUUGAAAUGUGUAACUUUCAUAUGUUUGCUUUGUCCGAUGCUCGUGAUUAUUCAUUUUUGAAAGUACCUUAAUUUGGAACGAGAAGAAGAGAUAACUGGCCAAUCAAACUUCAUAAACAACGUGACGUAAUUUUACUUCAUGUUCCUGCACCCGCUUAAAAAAAUGGCCGACUAACAGGGAAAAAACUCCCAAAAGCCGAGAAAGCUUUCAAAGGCUGAAACCAGGAAUCUUAUUGAAAUACUGAGCAGGAUAUUAUUGCCUUGCCACCCGGGCCAAAUGUAACAUUGUGAAACCCACUGACGUCCUUGCACAACUUCUUGAAGUUAUCACUUCAAAAAACGAUGCCUCGUUGACCCUUUGAACAGUAAACUAAAAACUGCAAAUAGGCUUUAAAAUUCGUAUAUUACUAGUCUAGAAUAAACUGUAAAAAAUAUUUUUGAGUAAAAUUCAUUAGCUGCGUAUCAAAAAGUGUCCAAACCCUGAACCUGACAUCUUCGCAAAAAGUGAUGCGUGUAAUGAAUGUGAGAGGCAUUUAAGCUUAAAUUCAGCUUGGAUAUUGUAGUCAUGAUUGUGUGUUGAGCUAAUGUUAUGAAUGAACAAAGUCAAAACAAUAGACAGAGAAGCCGUUUCUUGAAAAUUUUUAUUCAAAAUCCAAAAGGUUAAUUGUUCAAAGCAAUUCGGAAAACACUAUUUGGGUCGCGGAUCCGUUCACGCAAGUCUACGGAGCCCUAUAAAAGUGAAAUCGGCUGAGCACAUGGCAAAAUUCAACACAAAAUCCAUCUCAAAUCGGGGCACAUUUUGUAAUUUUUCUUUAGCGCCGAAGAGAAAAAUUUAUAAAACGUCUAUGAAACAUUUAAAAAUACAUAAACUCCGUUUCAAAAACGUAAUUGUCUUGGCAAUAGAGUGCAAAAUGUACCUGAACAUUCAGCAAAAACUUCACUGCCUUGGUUGCAUUUAACAGACCAUGCGCUCCAACAUGAAGAAAACAACUUUCUCUUUCCAUUUUUUGUCUUUUAACGGUGUAUUUUUAACCUUGAAAUGCAGAACUCUUGUCUUUAAACAUCUGCAUGGUGAUCGCGCGGCAGCCAUUUUGUUGAAAAUGGAUAUCCGUCACUAAGGUUUCCAAAUAUGGUAAAAGUGAAUAUUCACGAGCAUUGAACGCGAGUUACACAUUUCAUCGAACAUUGAACGUGAGUUACACGUUUCAACCCCUUAUGAUUUUCUGGUACUAAUAAUAAUAUUGUUUCAUCCAAUUUGUUAGCAGUUCCUACUAUUUGAAUUUUAAGAAAAUUUCAUGAUACAGCCCCUUUUAAUAACAUUAGUCGAAAUGCAAGACAGUGUUUUUCUUGUCCCCACCCUCUCCCUGCCUCUAGCUCAAUCACCACUGUAGAAAUGUUAUAACCACUAGGGAUGUCACUAAGACUUCAAGUAGCUUAGUAAAUACAACAAGAAGAUGAGGAAUAAAACAGCUAGGGAUUUCUUUUGGUUCUAUUUUUCUUCUCUUCUUCUUUGACAGUAGCCAGGGGCCAUGUUUAUAGUAGCUGGGGGAAAUCCCUGGCCCCUCCUCUUAAUGACAGCCUUGAACCAGAGGAACAGUUUGCUUUGUUUUAGUCAGAGUUGUCGUGCAAUAAAUUUGCUCUGUUCUGUUUAAGUUCUAGAAAGAAAACUCGACCGCCAGUAGCCAGUUUAGGCAAUUCAUCUUGAAUCUGAGAAUCAGAUUUCACGUGUAGUUUCACAUGACUUUUGAUGACGUUUGUCAUAAACAAACCAGUUUAAUUAGUGGUACAUUAAUUUACCAACCUUCCCUUAAUUGUAAUAUUAUUUUGUUUGUCACUCGGUCAGACAUUGUUAAUAUUUUUGAAUAAUAAUUGAAUUGUUGUUUAAUUAAUAGUAGUGGUACAUACAUUGCAUUGUACAAUAAUAUGGUAUUUUUCACAGUUACUUGUUGGGUCAGAAGACUUUGACAUCAGGGUUUUUAAAGAAGAUGAGAUUAUUGCAGAGAUGACAGAAACUGAAGUGAGUAUAUUGUUUCAAUUUUUAGGUUUAUUUAGUAUUUUUUCUUCAAUAAAAUUGAACAACAAGUAUAAAGUCUUAAGGAAAAAUUUAACACUCCUUCUGGUUCUUUCAUUUAAAUCAUCAAUGUGUUCCAGUUUUUAGGUGUAAUUAGAGACCUUUAGCAUCAGGUUCUUCAUGGGAAUCGCAAACUGCAGUUUGCAGUUACGCUUUUGCAGUUUCACCUGGCCAGAAUUUAAAUUUUAGCAAGGCAAUCACUGUUUAGUGCCGCCAUGUUGUUUUUCAUCGAGUUUUUUUAUUGCCCUAAAAGCAUGAAUUAAAUUCAAGUUCAAAAAUCUAACUAGCACUACAGGCAGAUGUAGAAAGCUACUUCCUGCAUUUAAACGUGAGACUGUACAAUUUUUAGUGGCAAAAAACCUGGUCAUAAGUCACUUAACACUGGAAGCUCUUCCUCAGCCUAUCAAACUGCAAAUGCGACUGCAAGACCAUGGUCACUUGACAUUCUCAGGUUUGCGGUUUCCCAGGAAAAACCUGAUGCUUAAGAUCUCUGUUAAGCUAGACUAUACUGUAGGAGGAAAAUGACAUCAAUAGCUACCCCCCAGGUGAAUAAAAUUCAUUCCUUUGGGCUGAGCAAUUUUUAAUGAAUUUUACUUACAGUCUGUGACGUGUCUUUAUCCACUCCAUGGAUCAAGAUUUGGCUAUGCACUGGCAAAUGGAACCGUUGGAGUGUAUGACAGGACUGCAAGAUACUGGAGGAUAAAGGUGAUUUCUUUGCCAAUGGGGAUUAUGUCUUUAAAAAAGAACAUCAUCAGCAUGGCAAAGUCAUCAGAUGAUGAUGUUAAUGUAUGCAUGAAUAUGCUGAGGUAGCCCGCAUGUAGACAUCUCUUAUUUCACUUUUCCGCGUGCAACAACGGAAGUACAAGUUGUCCAUGGGUGCAGGCUGAUGUUGAGGUAGCAGUUGGAGAAAUCAUAAGUCUUUUGUGAAUAGUUUACCGUAAUUGUUAAUGGUUUCUUUCUUUUGCAGUCUAAAAAUCAAGCAAUCUCCAUUCACAGUUUUGAUCUUGAUUCUGAUGGAGUACCAGAGCUGAUAACAGGCUGGUCAAAUGGAAAGGUACAUGUACUUCAAAACACCAGUCCUGAAAGUGAACAUUUCUGUACAGCUGUAACAUGGCCCUAGCUUCAAUGCAAGAUAAUAAGUCCAUGUAUAAAAUAUGCCAAAGGGCACCACAGUGUUCUUACCAGUAUUUUCUACACUGGUGUCCACAGGACCCAUAGAGAAGCUAAAAGGGGGUCAUGAGGGAGAUUUAAGCAGAUCACAAUAAUUAUUUUUAGAUACUAUCAAAUUUUGGCUUAUAUUAUAAGGAAAUGUACAGAUGUGUAUGUAUGUUUAUGUACGUUUUGUGAUAGGUUUACUUCCUUCUUUGCGCCCUUGGGGUCCCUUUGGCUAAUCAUAGUAUGGCAUUUCCCAAAAAAGUACAGCAAUGCCGCAAUGCCAUGGUCUGGUAUAAAAGAAGACUGGCACUAUCAUUGGAAGUUAAUAUAAUAAUGAUAAUAAUAAUAAUAAAAAAAAAUUUAUAAUGUGCCUUUUCCAUGUAAAUAUGAUCCAUAUCUGUAUGUAUUAUUUUUAUAUGAUGUCAUUUUCAUUUCCAAUAAUUGUGAACUCCACAGAUUAAGUUUAUUGCAUUGUUUUAAUAAUCUGAUGAGAGUUUUAACAUCUUUACCCAAAUUUUUUUCCAGAUUGAUGCACGUAGUGACAGAACAGGUGAAGUGAUCUUCAAAGAUAAUUUCCCAGUGGCUGUUGCUGGUGUCUUGGAAGGAGACUAUCGCAUGGAUGGCAAACUAGAGCUCAUCUGUUGCUCCGUGGAAGGAGAGGGUAUGUAUCUUUCAUGUACUAGUACAAAUCUGGACAUACUAGACAUUCAAGUUCCAUUUGUCAAUGUUCUACCCGUGGCCAUUGACAUCGUUCUAAAAUAACAGUAAAAAAAUCUGAUCAUAAAGUCAAUACUAGCCUGAGAAAACAGCCAAGACAUUUUGGAUCAUUAUAGGUUUCUGGGAACCUGCCCACCUACUCCUCCCCUAAUAGAACAUCAACACUUACUUCUCACUUAGGGCAAAAUGUUAGCUUAGGGGAGGGGUAGGUGGGCAGUUUCCCAGAAGCAUAUUUAUAAUGAUCCGACAUUUUGUGAUGCCUCCACUAGGAUCUCUAGGAAAGAUGUCUGAGAAACAAGAAAUAUUUGUAGAAAUUCCAUACUGAAUAUCACUAACCAGAUCUUGGUAGUGCUUCUAAUUUGUUGAAGUAAAAUUCAUGACCACUCAGCUAUCAUUUUUCGCAUAUUAUAUAGCAGUAAUUCAUUUUGUGCUGGAAGCUGCCUUUGAGCAUCAAUCCUUCAUGCCUGUCUUGAACUCCCGUCGUACAAAGGUGGCACCUACAAAUCACCAGUUGCUGAGUGCAAGGGGUCUUAAAUUAGUUUGUGUUGUAAUUAAAGGGGAUGUGUCAGCAGGGCUGUGACACAUUUUUCAUUUUCUUAAUAAUGCUAAUUGCCUAUCCUUAUUAUUGCCAACACAGCUGCAUGUCAAACAAAACAUGUCCUCCAAGCAUUAUGUCUUGAACGUUACAAACAACGAAAAUGACCUUUAAAAAAUUGUUUCAGUUUUCUUCAAGUUUGUCUAUCCUUGCCUCUUUUUGUAUUUUCUCUGUGAUUUAAACCUUCUUUUAAUGUUGUGAGUGGUUAUUUCUAUUUUUCACUAAGUUGUAGCUCACAUUGUUUGAACUUUGUUAAAUUUUUGUGACACAGCUUAUUUUACUUUUUACUUGUUAUUCUUAAGUGCGUGGCUAUUUACCCGCUUCUCCUGAGAUGAAAGGAAACCUUAUGGAUGUGAAUGUAGAGCAAGAUGCAGUCAGAGAAUUGGCACAAAGAAAGCAAAAUUUGCUGCUUGAACUGAAAAACUAUGAAGAAAAUGCCAGGGUGAGGAUGUUAAGCAUUGUAUCUGUUACACAUGUUACUGUGAAAAAUGUUUUCUAGUAUUAAUUGUGCAAUAAAUGAGCUGACUAUAUCACUUAUGUCACACAAACAUACAUAUCACUACAUUUUGAUCAAGAAUAAGGUUUAAGUGACUUCUCACUCUAUCUCUCUCUCUUUGUCUGUUAUGUUUUACACAAACUGACUUAUUUUUGGCUGACUAUACAAAAAGCACCAAGCUCUCUAUUCUACCUGCAAAUUGCCUUGUAUUUCCUUCUUCUAAAACAAAUAAUUUCUAGAGUUACUUAGGGCCCUUAAAUGUACCUAUUGUAUUUUUUACAUAACGUGUUUCUCUGAAUUAUGCCUUUAUGUCAAACACUAGAAGAACAAUAAAAUGCAGUGUUCAAUUUUGUGCUAAAAGGUAAAGCAACCAUAUUUUCCGUCGAUAACUCGUGUCACUAAUUCAACUGAUGAACUGGAGGUCAAUGGUGCGCCCAUUUUUUACCUCAACCGCCCCACCCCUCUCUCUAAAGGUAUUUAAAUAGUCAAAGCUACACAGAAAAGAGAAAAGUCGAAACAAGCGUGUGACAUCUCCAGGGAUCGUCCCGGGACCUCGCGCACUGAAGGCCUCAAACUAACCAACUGUGCCAUCCUUGCUUUUUCUUUGUUCAAAUUUAAGGUUGGAAAAGCGGGAGGCCAGGACGUGGAUCCAUCCCAGUUAGGGAUCAUACCAGCCAACACCCAGCUACAGACAUCAUUAUUGGUGAACCCUGGCAGUGAACAGGUGCAGCCUCAUGUUGAACUCUCCAUCUCCACCACCAAUGAUACAAUCAUACGCACAAUAAUGAUCUUUGCUGAGGGGGUAUUUGAGGGAGAAAGCCAUGUGGUUCAUCCUUCACAACAAAAUUUAACCUCGCAUCUGCAAGUUCCAGUUUUUCCUCCCAAAGAUGUUCCUGUGGAUCUUCAUAUCAAAGCUUUCGUUGGCUACAAAUCCAGGUAUCAGUGCUCUAAGUUCAACUUUUUCUUGGCAACCUAAAAUUAUGGAAUGUUCGUCGGACAUAAAAUAGUAGUGGUUGCGAGAGAAAGAAAAUAACAAGCAGAUAAAGCAAAGCAGAACACUUUGUGCAAUAUUAUUUGACUAUUUGUUUGACACUAUAUAUCACAAUCAAAUUUGACGUCACAUGCGACAUCUCAAAGUUUAGCAUCCAAGUAGCCAGGGUGAAAGAGGUGAAUUAUAAUGAAAAUGGAGCAUAAUUAAACUUUUUUUAAGACUAUAAUCACGAACUAAAUCAGUACGGUUGGCUCGAGCACAAUUUCCAUCAGUUUUGGACCAAAUUGUUUUUUCAACUUGUCAUGGAAACCAAAAUGCUUGCAGCGGUGUGGAGCUCUUGCUAUGUAGGAUUUACAAUUGAGCCUCUAAAAGCCACCUCUUUGCAGCAGGCAACUCUCCAGAACCGCCAUUGUUUCGACCAUUGGAAGUCUCUACGUGUUUAUUCACUCUUGUUUCGAUCUGUCCACACAACAUCUCUUCAACAGCAAUGGCUUCUUUAGCGCACAUCAUUGAAAUUUCACUUAUUUACUUGUUCAACCUUUUUCCCUUUUUUAGUUCCCAUUUCCAUGUGUUUGAACUAACAAGACAACUUCCAAGGUGUGAAUGAAGAAUAAAAUCUUGUUUUAUAUUGUAACCUGCCCUUUUGCUGUUUUGAAUAUUUUUUUUUAUGUAGAUCAGAGAAAUGAGGAUUCACUUAGAAUCUCUUUUCAUUGUGUAGGUUCACUUUGUACAUUCCAUGUCCUGAAGGUUAUGCUGAACCGAAGUCGUACUGCUCUUUUCAUAUAAAUGAAAGAAUCAACAGGGUAAGAUUGCAAAUUAUAAUGUAAACUAUUUGGAUGUGCCUACUUUGCUUUGAAACAUCAGUUUUACAUCAGGCUCUCUUCUUUUAUAUAGGUGGUAAUGUGGUUGAAUCAGAACUUCCUUCUUCCUGAUGAGAUUGA